GCAACGACGCUAAAAACCACUGAAGUUACACAGAGACAAGACAGCAAAGAAGACGUAGAUGGGUGGCUACUCCUCCUCCUCGGUUCAAAUUUUGAUCCUGGCACUUUUCUUAUUUCCCGCACUUGUCCACUGCAGAGUUCGCCACUACAAAUUCGAUGUGGUGCUGAAGAACUUCACCCGCUUGUGUUCAAGUAAGCCCAUUGUCACCGUGAAUGGAAAGUCCCCAGGACCAACUUUAUAUGCCCGGGAAGAUGACACUGUUCUCGUCAGGGUCGUCAACCAUGUCAAGUAUAACGUAUCAAUCCACUGGCACGGUGUCAGGCAGCUUCGGACAGGAUGGGCAGAUGGACCUGCAUACAUUACACAAUGCCCAAUCCAGCCAGGGCAAAGCUACGUAUACAACUUCACAAUCACAGGCCAAAGGGGUACCCUACUUUGGCACGCUCAUAUCUUAUGGCUGAGGGCCACCGUACACGGUGCUGUGGUCAUUUUGCCUAAGCGUGGUGUGUUGUAUCCAUUUCCCAAGCCCCAUCACGAAAACGUUGUCGUAUUAGGUGAAUGGUGGAAGUCAGACACCGAAGCAGUGAUCAAUGAGGCACUAAAAUCAGGGAUGGCUCCCAAUGUCUCUGACGCUCAUACCAUCAACGGUCAUCCUGGAGCUGUCGCAAACUGUUCAUCAGACCAAGGUGGGUUCACGUUGAGCGUGGAACCAGGGAAGAGCUACUUGCUCCGAGUUAUCAAUGCUGCACUCAAUGAGGAACUCUUCUUCAAGAUCGCAGGACACACAAUGACAGUGGUAGAAGUCGAUGCCACCUACGUAAAACCCUUCAAAACCGACACCAUCCUAGUCGCCCCUGGCCAAACUACCAACGUCAUCGUAACAGCUGACCAGUCCGCUGGCAAAUACAUGGUUUCUGCCUCUACCUUCAUGGACUCUACCAUCGCCGUCGACAACACCUCAGCCACAGCCACCUUACAUUAUUCAGGAACACUUUCCAGUUCCCCUACCACCUUUACCACCGCACCAGCACUGAAUGCUACCCCGGUCGCUAACAAAUUCACUAAUUCCCUCCGAAGCCUUAAUUCCAAAAAAUACCCUGCCCAGGUUCCGCAGACCGUGGAUCACUCCCUUUUCUUCGUGGUGGGUUUGGGGAUUAACCCGUGUCCUACUUGCAAAGCCGCCAACGGUAGCCGGGUGGUGGCCAGCGUAAACAACGUCACCUUCGUGAUGCCAACCGUAGCGCUGCUCCAGGCGCAUUUCUUCAAUAUAAAUGGAGUCUUUACCACCGACUUUCCAGGGAAUCCGCCCAGUCCCUUCAAUUAUACGGGAACGCCUCCAGCAAACCUACAGACUAAGAAUGGAACAAAGGUUUACAGACUGCCUUACAAUGCCACGGUCCAGGUGGUUUUGCAGGACACUGGAAUCGUUGCCCCUGAGAACCAUCCAGUCCAUCUCCACGGCUUCAACUUUUUUGCUGUUGGCAGGGGUCUAGGGAAUUUCAAUCCCAAGACAGAUCCCAAGAAAUUUAAUCUCGUUGACCCCGUCGAGAGGAACACCAUCGGAGUACCAACUGGUGGAUGGGUGGCUAUUCGAUUCCGAGCAGACAAUCCAGGCGUCUGGUUUAUGCAUUGCCACCUAGAGGUGCACACGACAUGGGGGCUGAAAAUGGCAUUCCUGGUUGACAAUGGCAAGGGACCUAACGAGUCUCUUCUACCACCUCCCAGUGAUCUUCCUAAAUGCUGAGAUAUCAGUAGUACAUCGCGAAGACCAAGUCAGAACAUGAAUAAGAAGAACACAAGAGGAGGCGCAAGAUGAGUUAAUUAGUACAGAUUUUCUUUCGAGAUCCCCUGGGUGUACAUGUCUUUUGAGUAGAGGAAUUUUUUGCUCAAGAGAUUUUGGUAAUUAUGCUAAAGGGAUUGUAUCCAAGUGCUUUUUAAAUUUAAUCCAUGCAAAUCAUAGCAAUGAUUUUAUUUUA